AUGAAUUUCGAUAAAAGUCUAAAAAAUAGACAGACUCUAUCAUUUACAGGAUUUUCUCCAGCAAAAUCAAAUAUUAAUAUCGAGGCUUCUCGAAAGAAUCUGCAAAGUUCAUCCUUUGGAUCGCCACAUCAUGCAUAAUCUCUUGAGGUUUAAUUGAAAUAGGAAUUCGAAACUUAAUAUAACGAAAGAAUUUUAACAAUGCGAAGCUUUUAUGAUAUGAAAUAUCAAACACUCUUUGAAACUGUCAAAGAAGCACUCGAUAAGGUAGAUAUUUAAAUGUACAAAUUUAGAUUAUGAAUGAUGAAUUAAUUGACACUAUGAGACAAGACAUUACCUCACAAGAAUUUGUUUAUCAAAGAGUUAAAGAGAUGUUCGAGGAAAUAAUACUUAGUGAAAGAGAAGUCCUCAUAGAAAAGCUCUCCUCUUAAUAUGCAUAUCUCAAAAUGGAAUUUGGAAAAAUUGAAUAAGAUAAAAGAAAAGUAUCAUUAUGGUCAAAUAUGUAGUUAGCAAUAGAAUUAUAAAUGAUAUAGGAUGAGUAAGCUGACAAGGAAGCCUAGGUUUAAAAUUAGGUUUAAUAGGCUUAAGAACAAAUUUCUUAUUUAUAACAGAAUAAUGAUUAACUGUAAUGAUUUAAUAUUUAAGUUAAGGAAUAACAAGGUUUCACAAUUAGAAUAAAAAUUGUCAUCUGCAAGUUAAACUGCCAAGGAGAUUUAACAACUCUAGACAACUGCUAAAGAGUAUAAUAUCCUAAAGGAAGAAUAUGAAUAGUUAGUUUAGACGAAUGAAAAAUUAUAAUAAAUUAAUAAAUAGCAAGUUUAAGAGAUAGAAUAAUUACAUAAGAUAAGUGAAAAUUUGUAGUAAAAAGUAUAGUAAUUGAAUAAAAUUUAUUAAGAAUUAGAGGGUGAGGUGAUUUCAUAUAAAAAAAAGUCAACUGAUUCAGAAGCUAAGACAUAAUUUACUAUUUCUAAUUUGUAAAAUUAAUUAGAAGCAGUAACUUUACAAUUCAAUUAAUAAAAAGCAGAUUAUGAAAAAAGAUUGGAAAAGGACGCUUAGACCUUUUAGAAUGAAAUCAAUAAAUUAAGUUAAAAAUUACAAAGGAAAAAGGAGAAAUCAACAUUUCACAAAUAAAAUGCCAAAUAAUUAUAAAUUAGAUUAGAUUAGCUCAUCAGAGACCAUGCUGAAUAGUUGUAAAAUGAAACUUAAUAGUUUCAAAGAAAGAUUAAUGAAUUGUAAUAAUAGAAUCAAUUGCAAUUACAAUAAGCUCAAAAGUCAAUUGAUGAUUUGAAAGAAUCUCAUGAUAAAAAUAUUUAUAGUUUAAGAAACUAAUUCGAAUAAAUAAACAAAAAGUAGUGUGAUGAUUCAGAUAAACAAAAAAUCAAUUUGUUGAAUGAAUUGGAUAGGGUUUAAAGUGAACUUGAAUCCGUGGUGUUAUAAUAACAAUAAUAAAUUGAAAGCAAUUAUAUUCCUAAAAUCCAAUAUGAGCAGUAAGUCAAAGAACUAUAAAAGAAAAUAACAGAGUUGAAUCAAAAACUUAGGGAGUAGGAUGCUCUUAUGAGAAAAUAACAAGAUGAAUUUGAAAACUAUAAGGAACUAUGGAACAGACAAUAAAAUAAACUACAUUUGGAUGUUAAGGAUAGAAAUGAAAUUUAAGAAUAACUUUUAUCAAGAGAAGAAACCAUUAAUAAUCAAAAUAAAUAGAUAUCUUAAUUAACUUAAUAAGUUAAGAUGUUGGAAUCUGAUUAUUAAAGGUUAUAAGACAGAUCCAAAUAACAAUUAGAAUAUAUUGAAGAAUUAAAAAAUGAUGUAAGUAAUCGUUAAAGUGAAGUUCUUAAAAUCUAAAAAUAAUUGAAGUAAUAAAAGGAUGAACUUAUGGAAUAAUACAGAUAAUUGGAGGGAGAAAACAAAACCAAAAAUGAUAAAGUUCAACUAUUAAAUUCUUAAUUAGAAAAAUUAUUGAAUGAAUCAUCUGAAAAUGAAAAAUUGCUAAAUUACAAAAGUAAGGAACUCCAACAAUUAGAAGAGGAACUUAUGCAAUAUCAAAAUUAUAAGCGAAAUGCCUAACAAUUAUCAGAAGAAAAUGAAUAAUUAAGAAUCUAAAUUGAUAAACUAAUUAAUAUUUAAGAGUUAUAAGAAUAAAAAUAGGAAGAAAUUAAAAAGCAAUUAGAUACCGAGUAAAAGUAAAAGAAUUAAUUGAUUCUUAACAAUGAAUCACUCAUGUAAAGACAUUAAAAGUAUGUAAAAACUAUCAAAGUAAAAUAUUAAUAAUAAAUUAGGAAUAAAGAAAAUACAUUAAAAGACGAAUAGUUAGUGAGCUCUAAAAAAUAAAAUAAGAACAUGCCAGUUUAGAAUAAUACUUAAGAUAAAUCAUUAGGAUGAAAAACAAUGAAGACAAUUUGUUGAUUGCAUCAAUUGUUACUAAAGUGAAAGAUUUAUGGAAUCGAAAGGAAAUUUAACAUGAAAAUGAAAUUGUAUGAAUAUAAAAUCUAUUAUAAGCUAAAAAUAAGGAAUGAAAUAUUUGAUUAAUAUAGUGGAAGUGCAUCACAUUUAAGAACUGCAUAUGAGUAAACUUUAGAUGAGACAUAAAAAUAAUUUGAAUAGCAAAUAGAGAAUUUAAGAGAUGCAAAAGAAAAGAUGGAGGAUGAAAAUAAAGAGUUAUUGCAUGAAUUAUAAAAAGUGCAAGUCAUCUUAGAAGAUUAAUCAGCUUUGAUUACAAAUUUGAAGAAUGAAAAUAAAACAUUGAAAAGCAAUGGAAUGCUCAUUGAAAAUGAGUUAUCGACUACUUUGAAAAAUAUGAAUGAUGUAAUUUAUUAUGAUUAUUAAUUAUAGAUGAAGGAUUCAUUUGAGGAUCAAAUUUAAGAAUUAACAAAACAAUUAAAGAAGUAUGAGAGAAAGCAAUAACAUUAAUAAGAUCUGAAAGGCUAAAUAGAUAAUUUAUAAAAUGAAUUAGAAAAAUUAAGAACUCUUAAUAGGUCCAAUACUUAGGAGACAGAAAAUAGAAUUGCAAAAUUAGUAAAGCAACAAUAAUCGGAAGUUCAAUUGUUGGUCAAUCAAUUCUAAAGAGAACAAAUAAAACUUAGAUAGGAAUAAUCAGAUCUUAAGGAUUAGGUAUCUUAAAAUGAAGAGGUUAUUCACAAAUUAUAUCAAUCACUUGAUGAUGUCAACUAAAUUGUGAAUUAAAAAGAUAAAUAAUUGUAAAAUUUAAUUGAAGACAUUGAAUAAGAAAGAGCUUCUGAUUAAUAAAAAAUAACUGAUCUUUAGAAUAAGUACCUAUUUUAAUUUAUUACUCAUAGAUUGAGAAAGGAAGAGGAUGAGAUAAAAGUCGCUCGAUAAAAAGGGUAAAGAGAUAUUGAAAAGAUUCAACUGCAAAUUGCUUCAGCUGAAUCAGAGAUUAGUUAGUUUAAGAUAGAGAACAAAUAACUAAGGAUAUAAUGUGAAUAAUUAGCAGAAGAACUAGAAAAGAAAACAAAGUAAUUUGAUUAAUUGAAUCGAGAAUAUGAAGACUAGAAAAUUAUUUAAAAUUAAGAGAUUGCUGACUUACACAGGUAUAAAUAGAUAUUUAAAAUAAGAUUGCUCAAAAUACAAGUUUAAAAUGAUGACAUGUCAAAUUAUUAUAGUGAAAGUAAGGAAUUGGCUUAAAGAGUAAAAGAAUUAUAAAAAAUUAAUUCAUAAUUCUCUGAUAACAAUUAUCUUAAAAGAUAAGAAUCAUCUGUAUAAAAAUUUGACAGCACAAAGAAAUUAAAUUCAAGUAACAACUUGAAACCUCGCCUUGCAAAUUAUACUCCUAUGACUAAAAAAUGA